AUGUCCCUGCCUCUUUACCCUGCGUCUAUCCUAAAUCUGCGCCCUCCCUUAGUAUUGUAUUUGAAUAAAAUAAUCUACCGAUUGCCAAAGUGGGCCUUCGUUCCAUACACAUUGAUUUGCGUGACUUCCACCUUGUUACUAUCUGAGAACAGUACUACUAUUCUGCCUUAUUGGUUUCAUUGUCCCACUGCACUCCUAUUGCACUUUUUCUUUGUGGUUAUCUGUUGGACAUGCAUCUUAGCCUUUAACCUAUGUAUAUUUGUGAUCUUGCGUUGUGCACACCACGACAAGAGCAGUUCACUUCUUUUGUAUUUAUCUCUGCUCUGUCACUUCACUGGCACUAGCUGUUUUAGAGCGCACACUGCCAACCACUCGUGCUCAACCCUUCACUCAUCCGCCUCUCAACAACUGUAUCAGGAUCUGGUCACAGAGGAAACAACCGAUGACUUCGGAGCAGGAGAUGAAGUCUAUGACAGCAAUGCAUCUGUCUCAGUGUCAACGACCAGUACGGCUAAGAAGUCCACACCCAGUUCUCGGUACAACGCGCGCAGAAAGAAUAAAGGACUACUUACCACGACAACCAAAAGCGAAGCAAUAUGGAUCGAAUUGGAAUUAGAACGGUAUCCAAGGGUGUCAGCACCGCUCGACGAGGAAGACUCACUGGACAAUAGAGACACAGACAAGGUAGUUUCCAUGAAACCAAAUAAGACAGUUUCGGGGUCUUCUCUGGAGUCGGAUAUGGCAGGGACAGGUGCCGGAGCUCUUUCAAAGGACCACAUCUUAGCACUGAGUGGCAAGGCUGUAGUUGUCAGUAGCCUUGCUAACAUUAUACUGACUCCAGAACAAGCAGAGAAAGCAAUGAAAGCCAAGAACAAAAUGCUUAAACUUCGUAACUCACAAAAGGACGUUUGUAUCUGUAAAGGAAACUGUGGCGCACACUUCUCAUUGCCAAGGCAGCGCUAUCUGGAAUACAUGAUGUCCACAGAUGAGCUGGGAGAAGUGGUGUUUACUCCGUAUUUGGGCGUGGGCGUUGCCCAUAAGCAUAUCCGGAUGCCGCCACUAAAGGUCUUUAUUGUGGGGUCCAAAGCUGGUAAUAGCAAGGCGAGGCCUGGAAAGACAACCACAUCACGGCGGACAUCAGACACCAAAUUUGUCCCCACACAAUUAAAAACUAAGCUCAGCAUAAAAGACUCUAACGAAGAAUACAAACAGAUUAGCAGGAUGGAUAAGAUAGUACCUUUGGUACCCUCUGUGUUGACGACACCAAACGGGAAACGUAACCUGUCACCCGCACCGUUACCCUACACCCACAACAGAAGUCCUGAAUGGUCUGACUUGGAAGGAGACAAAGACAGGGAUAAGGUGUGCAACAAACAGGCGGAGCACUCAGGAAAGUAUAGCGAAUCUGUUGAAAAGCCAAGUACAUCUACAAGCAAACGCAGCAGUCACUUUGAUAGACGGACCACUGAAUGUAAUGAUAAAACCCCUGUUUCCGUCAGUGACUGGGAUGAUUUGUCUGCGUAG